GUUUCUGGCCUUGAAAUGGGACUCACACAAAUGUGGUGUACUUUUCUUUUUUUAUCACGUUACCCCGAAACUGCAAAUCUAAUGUACAUGUUAAAGGUUUGCGUUUUAUUUGUAUAAUGCAUUCAUUUUUUCAAGCUGCGGCGCAAUAAUUAACAGCUAAAUGCCGCACAAAUGACGCUGCGCAUGAGCGGAAGUAGGCACAGGACAGAGAGGGAUAGCGGAAGAGGGAGUCUGGAAAUCACAAACAUGAACAAGCUGAAAUCCUCUCAGAAGGAUAAAGUUCGACAGUUUAUGAUCUUUACCCAGUCAAAUGAGAAAACAGCAUUGAAUUGUUUGUCGCAAAAUGAUUGGAAGCUAGAUGUUUCUACAGACAACUUUUUCCAAAAUCCUGACCUCUACAUUCAGAAUCUAAAGGGAACAUUAGAUCGGAAAAAAUUAGAACAGCUCUACAAUCGGUACAGAGACCCUCAAGAUGACAACAAGAUUGGUAUAGAUGGAAUACAACAGUUCUGUGAUGACUUGGGACUUGAUCCAGCCAGUGUUAGCGUUCUACUAAUCGCAUGGAAGUUCAGGGCUGCAACACAGUGCGAGUUUUCCAAACAAGAAUUCAUAGAGGGAAUGGCUGAGCAAGGGUGUGACAGCAUAGACAAACUCAAAGCACAACUACCCAGGAUGGAGCAGGAGUUAAAGGACCAAGGAAAAUUCAAAGAUUUCUACCAGUUCACAUUCAACUUUGCCAAGAAUCCAGGACAAAAGGGUUUAGACCUAGAAAUGGCAAUUGCAUACUGGAAUUUAAUAUUGGCUGGGCGUUUUAAAUUUCUAGAUCUAUGGAACAAGUUUUUAUUGGAGCACCAUAAGCGAUCCAUUCCCAAAGACACAUGGAACCUUUUGUUAGAUUUCAGCACGAUGAUCACAGACGAUAUGUCAAACUAUGAUGAGGAAGGAGCAUGGCCAGUUCUCAUUGAUGACUUUGUGGAGUUUGCAAGGCCGUACAUUGGCACCAAAAGUACAGCUGUAUAACUGCAAUUUCUCAGAGGGACAUCUGAUCCUCAGACAAAAACACACACAGCUUCUGCUGGGCACAGUGGACUGAAGUGGGAUUUGCAUUUGCCUUUUCUACAAGCCCUCAGGACUGAGACAUUUAUACAAACCAGAGACAUUGUAAAGGCAUCGUUUCUCUUCAGUCAUCUAAUGGUGGUUUGGGCUUAUUAUCUGUUUUGUUUUCGACAUCAUGCAGGAUCUGAUUCAAUCUCUGGGACAGCAGUAUUCUUAUCCAGAUGAAGCAGUUUGACAAGAGCAAGCUGUCACAGAUACUUUGACAUGUACAAUGACACGUUAAUCCUUGUCCAGAGCUCAGAUAGGAAAUGUCAAAAUUCAAAAUCCUAAUUUUAAUACUCCAUGUGCAUUCUUGCUUUGAAUGUUGUUUUUUCUGUUUGUUUUUUAUGGAAAUGUGAGUCAAAGAAUUUUGAUUGAACUCUUUUUUUUAUGAAACAGUUACUGGUGAGAACCAGUCAGAGUUUCUUUCCAUUUUGUUUUAUUGUGAUAAUGUAUGUUUUCUGUUGAUAUCCAGAGUUCACAUUGCUUGUUUUGAUCAAUACGGAUAGGUCAUAUUAACUGAGAAUAUUAUAUUUUACAAUCAUAGAAAUAAUAUUAAUUUGAACAUUU